AUGGCAACGGACUUACCCAAAGAUACUAUCAGCGGGUGUAUGCCAAAUGAUGAUGACACAGCCAAAAAUAUUGCAGGGCUUUAUUCACGACUACAAGCCGUUAUCGAUAAGAAGAUUACUGACCCCAGUAUGAAUCCUGAAGCCAAGUUCAUUCCUCUUCCACCUUCACUCCCAAUGUCUCCCACCACAUCAUCGCCAACGUCGACUCAUUUCCCAACUCAACACUCGACAACCACUGCAACAAACAACAAUACGGAUGCUACUACCCCACGCUCUUCUUCGUCCGCGUCGUCGUCGUCAACACCACCUGCUCCCGACUGUUCUUGCCGACACAUUUUGGUAUCCAAAGAAUCAACCCGAUGCAGUCUUUGUGAUCGAGUGAUUCCAUUAUUGGAACAGUUGCACCGAGAGCGUGAUCAACAUAAGCAAGAAAUCAGUGAUUUGGAAGUACGAGUACAAGAAGAACAAGCGAGAAUAGCUGAACAACUUGAAGAGAUUGAAACGUUGCAGACAACCGUGGCCGAUGUGGAACAACGUCUUGGCGUCAAAGAUAGCGAGUUUAGGGCAUUACAAAGUGACAUGGAAAUGUUAAACGACAAGUAUGUGGAUGAGAUUGAACGAGUAGCCGAGAUUCAACAUUCCAAGGAUAUGGUUGAAAACGAGUUGGAAGAUCUUUCACGACGACUUUUUGAAGAAGCCAAUGGGAUGGUUGCCAAUGAAAAGCGAGAAAAGCAUCAACUGGAAAUGGCACAGCGACAACUUGAAAAGCAACUUCAGGAGACGCAAGAGCGUUUGGCAGCCGAGCAAAUGCAACUCAAGGAAUUACGACAACGCAUGGAGGAUAUGGCUCAUGAACAAGAACAGUUGAAGCAAUCAGCCGAAGAGCAUGCCGAGUCCAAAUCCAUCACAUCAACAACAGAAGGAGGAGGAGGAGAGAAUAAUGCAACAGCAGCAGAAUCAUCAGCUUCUGUGGAUGGAUCAUCAACGAGUUGUGGAGGUCAUGUUACAAUGGAUAUGACAGAUCCCAUGUUGCUAUCUGAAUUCGAAGACUUUAUCAAGAUGAGCGCAUCGCUUCCCCUGAAAAAGUUACAUUCAUCCAUCUCCUUUUUGAAAAAUUGCCUUUCAGAAGAUGUCGAGCCAUGCUUGCGCUUUGGUGCCAAUUCAAGAUUAUCAGCACGCAAAGUGGCUGAAGCGAUUGUCAUGAAUACCUGCUUUAUUGAAGAGACACCUGUGGGAUUUGCAGAAGAACAAGCGCGUCGUCCUCCCGAUGUGCCAUUACGGAUAUCAGCAUCCAAGACCAUGCUUUGGGAACGUCUCAGCAAUGGUGGCAAUCCUGCUCUUAUCUUGGGUGCAUGUCAAGCCUGUGGUCGACAAGAUCAGCAUCCUCUACCUUAUCGUUUCAGAACAUCUUAUUUCGAUGAUUGGGCUUGUAUUGAUCGCUAUUGCCGUGAUCGUCUUGUCGCCGUAUGCGAGUUUUAUGUAUUCAUCCGAAAUGUACGCCAAGGCUACUACAACACUCGAUCGUUGCCUGAUUUGUAUCAAGAAUGCAUGCGAUUACGUCUUCAAAUGUUUUAUGCGAGAAUGGGAGCAUUACCAUGGUCCAUGCGCACCUUAAAGCCUGAAGAACUAUUGGCUGGACACAAUGCAAUGACACCACCCGCUUCACCUUCUCGGAUACCUCCCACUGUCAGUGAAUCUUCUCCAUUGCCACGUUCAAAGACAGCUGUUGCAUCAGAACGACAUACUACCACUACCACAACAACCACAACAACAGCGAACCAGGACUUUACUGCCCAUCACGCUGCAGCGUUCUUGAUGUCAUCAUAA